UACAAGUAGUUUAUAUGUCCUUGGCGCUAUAAUGGCCGCGCAACAUCGUGGUCGUGACUUAAUGUCAAACUCGGAGAACUCAACAGAGGUAGAACACGCGGCAAAGCGCCAUGCACCAUUCCAGUGGCCAAUGAUUGGAGAAAAUGGAAAUAUAUCGGACGCCAACAUGAUGAAUCCUGUCCAGUUUGCAAAUAACAUGUGGAAUCCACAAGCACAGCAGAUGAUGCCGCCACUCAUGCCAGGAUUCACACCAAUGAUACCAAAGAAUGAGGAAGAAGCUAGACAGCUAGUCGCAAUGCAAGCGGCGAUGAUGGCAUCAGGGCAAUUUGGCCAAUUCCCACAAGUAGCACCGGGAAACAGUGAUAAUGACAUCCCAAACCAACAAAACGACCAGACACAGGCACUGGGAGAUUACCCAGCAGAUCCAGAUACUCUAAAAGAGCAUAUAAUAUACGAAACUGAGCUCUAUGAAGACCUAAGAGAGCGCAUAACCGAACAUGGACACUUUUGUACAAUGGUAUCACUAUUAGACAAAUACUUCAAGGGAGCUCUCAGCUCAGAAACACGAUCGCAAAUGGCACAAUUGAUACAAGAUGUUAUAGACGAUAAGUCAACGUCUGUAGAUGAAAGCAGGAAGUUGAAGCACGUACUCGAGGGGAUUAAAAACCCAAUGGCACAAGUACAUACAAUACCAAAAGCAGAUGAAACAUACUUCCAACAACUGUCGGAUGCACAGUCAAAGUUUGCACAAAAUUAUGCACAAUUAAGAAAGGUGAAAUGAACCUU